GUGGGGCGUGUGUGUGUGUGUGUGUGUGUGUGUGCCUGCCUCGACCCACAGCCCAGAGCCUGAAUAACAGUAGGAGGAAAAUGGACGGAGUGGGUUCAUUUGGUGCUGGGAGAGCAGGGGCUGCGUUCGACCCGAUUGCCUUUAUCCAACAGCCGCAGACCAUCCUCAGAAUAUUAUCAUGGAUCUUCUCAAUGGUAGUGUUUGGAUCCAUAAUAAACGAAGGCUACAUCAACCAUGGCAGUGAGAGGCUCUAUUGUGUUUUCAACAAGAACAACAAUGCCUGCAACUACGGAACCACCAUUGGGCUCAUAGCAUUUCUAGCAUGCAUUUUCUUCAUUAUCCUUGACAUGAAGUUCCAACAAAUCAGCAGUAUUAAAGACCGGAAGAAGGCAGUGAUGCUGGACAUUGGGUUUUCAGGUUUCUGGGCGUUUUUGUGGUUUGUUUGUUUCUGCUUCUUGGCCAACCAAUGGCAGCGCACCACCCCAGAUGAGCUGCCCUUGAAUCAGGGAGCGGAUGCUGCCAGAGCUGCCAUUACCUUCUCCUUCUUCUCCAUCUUCACCUGGGUUGGUUUGACUGUAAGAGCAGUGCAGAAGUACAUGCUCGGGACCGACAUGAGCCUCUUCACCACAGAAGAACUGGAUGGCAAACCGCCCGUCCAGCCCUACCCCACCGUCACAAGCACCGAGCCCAACGACACAUACCAGAGCCCACCCUUCACCGAAAACCUGGACUCCAACCUACGCCAACCUCCAACCAACGCCCCAACCUACCAGGUGCCAAUUUACUGAAACGGUGCCUAGCAAAAGUCACUGGUGUGUCAGAGUCAGUGUGGAUGGCUGGCUCUGCUCUCCAAACUGACGUGGUGUGACAAUGUUUAUAGCUAGUACCGUUCUGUGAACUUCUGUACAAGAUUAUGUUGAUUGUGAUUUCACUUUCGUUCGGAAAUAUUAAAUGUUUAUUUAUCAGCUGGAAUGAAACCCUUUGAGGGUUGUUAGUGUCGUCUAAAAAUGAAAAAGGUUAUGUUGCAUGUAUUAUAUUUAGAGAGUUAUGAAGUGCCAUGCAUCACAAACAAUACCUUUAUAUAUUCAGUUUCCAUAAUGCUGUUGGGUACUGUAUAUAAGUGCAAUAUCUGAAACAUGGAAUCACCAAAACGUUUGACACAUUUAAAUGUUCUCCAACUAAAAGCUAGGUGGUCUUCCUAAAAAAGGGUGGAGUUUCGCUGUAGAUAAGGGUGUCUUAUGCAUCAAAUGUGUGUAGAAAAGGAGUUUAUUCAGUGUUUGAUUUACUAAACGUGUUAAGACAUAAAGCCAGAUUUUACUUUGGAAGGAUUUUUGUAGUUUACAGUGCAUGAGUAUUUCAGACUGUAUCAAAAUAUAAAGAUUAACUGAAUCCCACUAAAAUGAUUUCAAACAAAUAUUUGUAUUUAUUUAUUUAUCAGAGCCACAAUUAGUGGCCAUUUUUUGUGGGAUUUGGAGGAAUACAGUCAUAAUCAUUUGAAAAAAGUUAAACUGGCAUUUAAAAUACUUUAUGAAUUGAUUUACAAACUUGGACAAUGACACCAACUGGUAUGUUUUCAACAUUAGACACAAGAAGUAAAUUCAAAUACAAUGCCAUUCAAAAGUCAGAUUUGAAAAGAAAUUAAUGCUUUUAUUCAUCAAGGAUACAUUCAAUUGAUCAAAUUUGACAGUAAAGACAUGUAAGGUUACAAAAUAUUUAUAUUUGAGAAAUGUUCUUUUGAACUCUAUAUUCACCAGAAAACCCUGAAAAAAUAUUAACCAGUACAACUGUUUUCAACAUCGAUAACAACACGUUUCUUGAUCCGCAAAUCAGUAUAUAUGAAUGAUAAGGAUCAUGUGACACUGAAGACUGGAGUAAUGAUGCUGAGAAUUCAGCUUUGCAUUACAGGAAUAUCAGUAUAGAAUAUAUUAAAAUACAAAAAGUUAUUUCAAAUUAUUAUAUUAUUUCACAAUAUUACUGUUUUUAGUGUAUCUUUGAUCAAAUAAAUGCAGCCUUGAGCAAAGAAACUCUUUAAAAAAAAUCUUACCAAAUUCCAAAUUUUGAACAGCAUAUGCCAGUGGUUUGCAAAAUGAUUUGUUUUGGACACCCCCAGAUAUUCAUCAGUUGGCUGUUGUUCGAAAAAAAAAGCUGUUUGGUGACCAUCAUCAGUGCUUUGUCUGAUAUGUGGUAGAUUUUGGUAAUGUUUCGGUGUUCAGAGAUAGGGCAGCAUUCACAGAUGAUAGUGACUGUACUUCAAUACGUGUAAAUGGAGUAUGUUUGUGAAAGUGGUCAGGGUCUUGUGUUUCCUGUACUUAACUCUGCACUCCUGUUAAAAUGCUUCAUGAACCAAUAUCAUGGGAGAGUUUGGGAGUGAUUCACUGAGGUAUGUUUUGCUGGAUCAAAAUUUGCACCUCUACAAAAUUAUUAAAGAUGAAGAAAAGAUGUGAAAUUAAAAGCCUUUAGUUUUUGCAUUUGUACCCCACUGAAAGACGGUGCAAAAUUUGCAUCAGUAAAAAUGCCUUGUCCAUGACUCUUUUAAAAUACAUAUAACAUACUGUAUCUGUAGGCAAUAUAUCCCAACUUGUGAUUGAAAGAUGUACAAAAAAGAUUUGUCGUUGUCAGUCAGAAUUUCUUCAGCCUGCAGUUGUCAGACAUUAUGAAAAUAAAGAUGUUUUUCAUGAGUGGA